AUAAACGGGAUUACGUAUUGUUUGCAUUGUGGGGGUACUUAACGACAAAACGAAAGUACUCAAAAUUAUGCUCUGCUGAACCAUCAAGAGGUGGUACGAAACAAGUUCAUGCAACAUAAGAACAGUGCUCUAGCCAUCAUGCAGUGAAAAUAACACUCUUACCCAGUAUAUUGUUCGUAAAAGUAAACCAUAAUGUCGUAAUAGAAUUACGCGACGUAAAACGUUUGUGAACCACGGUUGUAGACGGUUCGCAAAAUGAUUUAAAAAUAUUUUCGAUUAUAUGGUUUAUAUUAAAUGUCGCAUAUUUUAGACCCUUAAUUGAUAUGGAUAUCGGUGAGUAUUAGACAUCGUACAUCGGUACUCAUUUUGCUCUAAAAGGGUAUUCAUGCAUCCCUAAUACUAACAUUUUCAUUCCUAUGAUGAGGGACACGACAUGCGUAUAUUUUCUUUGCUUUACGGUAAGUGCAUUUUUCACCCGAGGUGAGGAGAUUACGGUAAGGCGUAUACAGGACGUCGGUUCCGGUUUGCGGAAAGGGCACGAAAUUUAAAUUUCCGGCCAAAAGUUGGCUAUUUCUGGACACUUUUGAAAAUGAGUAGUCUGUCGUCGGACGUCGACAUAGACACCGUUGUGGAAAAGCUGAAGAAAAAGUACCUGGAGAGGGUAGAUUGGGAAACGGCUGAGGAUGCACCUGAAAAAAACUGCGCGCCCGAAGAGUUCCCGUUUUAUGACCUACCUCGAAAAAGAUAUUCGCCCUGCGCAGAGGAAUAUAUACCCCCAGUUUUCGAGGAAACAACCGACUGCAAGAAACCUGUACGAGAGUUUUUCAAGGUGGUCCCGAAUAACCGUGAUUUGAAAGAUGAUCUGGAGCUGCACCGAGCAGAAAGUGAAUAUGAGGACAGUGGUGAGGAAUCACCCUCUGUGCUAGACAGCCAUAGUUACUUCUACACUGAAACAGAUGUGACUCUGCCCUCCAAUCUGGCCAGAAUCUCCAGCUCCUGUGUGAUGAAGGCAGCAGCUCCCUCUGGUGGGAGGGCAUGGAAAGUGCGCUCCUCACAGAUGACGUCCACCUCACCAAACAUAAGUCAGGUGUACCAGGAGAUGCUGGAGAUUUAUGAAAAGCUCCAGGCUGAGAGGGUACAUCAGCAGCGCUGGGCUGCAAGACUGCAGCAGAAAGAGUCCGUGAUGCUCCGCCACUGCGAUGCCCUGUGCGAGGUCGAGCAGGUCUGUGAGCGGCAGGAGUACCAGCAGAAAAUCAAAGAGUUAAAGGAGGCAUUGGAAGAGAAAACAAAGGAAAGCAAGAGGAUGAAAUCCAGCUUGGAAGCAGUCAAGGGGAUGAAUGAGGCGUUGAAGAAGCAGCUCAGUGAUGUCUGUGAAAAAAGCAAAAAGAUGGAGACUCAGUCAAGGAAAGUGCAAGCCCGUCUGGAGAACCUGCAGAGAAAAUAUGAGUACUCAUUAGCACAGAAGGGCCGUGAGAACAUCACUCCAAAGAGCCAGGGGGCAAAACCUCCCACACAGGACUGCUCUUCCAUCGCUGGCAAACUACCCAAGGGUUCCAGGCACCCUGGCAUUUUCAGGCUAUUGGUGCAGACCCUUGACUGGGUGACGGACAUCCUCCUAGCCCCUCCAGGAGCAUCCCAGCUGAAGACUGUCCUGGGCCAGCAGGAGGUGACCCCAGGCUCCCUUCCGGAGAGAUGCUCAAAGGUCCUGCCCCUCCUUGCUGAGCAGCUGCUGACGCUGCCUGUGGACGAUGCCGCCCUCCACAUGUCCCUGCUCCGCUUCAUCUACUGGUCCCUAAGGCAGCUCGACGGCACCCCCCAGCAGAGCACCCUGACGUCAACCUUUCGCCGACUCGGCGAGGAAGUCUAUCGCGGCCCGGCACUGCGGGGCAUUUCCCUCGACCUGGAUGCCCCACAGAGGACAAAGUCGCCCUUCUUCUAUAAGAGUCCCAGCCUCCACACCAGGUUCCUCUCCACUCUGGUCCUUCUAAAGACGGCUACCCAAGCUGACAUCUUGGCCCAGGCCCUGGGCACCCUUCAUGAAGACGUGCGCCAUGACGACGGGCGUGCCCUGUUCCUGCUGUAUCGGGCGCUCCCCGUGAUCUCUAGCCACCUGAAAGCAGGCAGCCGCGCCCUGCUCUCCCUGGCGCUGGAUGUGCUGCAGCAGAUGAGCGUGGAGUCUGGACACUUGAAUUGCUUCCUGGAGUCCUGCAGCACGGAGGACUUCUUCCGUUCAGUGUCCCUGCUCCUGCGCAGUCCCCGUUUAGAGGUCCCGGUGGUGGAGAAGGUCAGCAUCCUGCUGCAGAAGCUCUCGAAAAUGAGGAAGAACAGGAGGCUGUUUGAGCUUUUCACCAUCCACCUGACGCUGCAGGAGAUGCAGAGGACUGCUGACCCCACCCACUCCUUCCUGGUCAUCAACCUCAGCUCCAUCCUCUUCAACCUAGGCAUGUUGAAGAAGGCCCGCGUCUGUGAUGGUGCAGGAGCUGUAGGCUGACAGUGGGAUGUGUGCAUUUGCACUUUGACUGUAUGAAGACACCUAGUGGCCUACUUUUCCUGUAUCUCUGUGUCAUGAUGGAGUCCCUAUACUUAAGGGAAAAAUCAGUGCACAAAAGUGGCUUGAAUCAUGUAUUUUAUUGAUGCUGAUAAUCUGCAUGUGCUUCUAGCUUGUGCUCUGUAUUAACCCUUUAUGUACUGUCCUGAGAGAGAGAGCUUGCAGUGUUUGGACAUAAAAACAAAUAGAUUAUCCUUUUGUGAAUUAAUACAUUCCUGGCUGUAUUGUGAAAUGAUAAUUUUUAAUAUAUUUUCUCUUUCUUGUGAGGUAACGCCCCCCGCCUGUCCUGUAUCAGAAUGUGUUUGUAAUUUGCUCUGUAUGUGUCAAAUAACUUUUAUGAAUCUCUGACCCAUUUGUUUGUUAUGGAGAAUAAACACUCUGCUUUAGACCAGAACAAUUAUUUGUCAUCCUCCCAAAAUAAGUUCAGAAGUGUGUGAAAGUAGCUUAGUGUGUGAAAAACACAGGAGGGUUUCUGAGACUCUGGCACCGGCAGUCUGGUAUCAGGGGCACGUUUUUGGUAUUUCAGGAAAGUACCAAAAGUACGAUACUUCAAGAUAUUGGUUCUCCUCUGGUGUUAAAACUGGUUCCGGCGCUGAAUGACAUCACAAUUCAAAUUUUCGUACUGAAUUAA